GCCUGGUCGUUUUCCGUGUCCUGUGAUUUCUCUGAGGAGCGAUUCAUGAUUUAUACUUUUCUUUGAAAAUUUCUUUCAAUUUAAUCGCAGAAAAGACUUGUUGCCCCGAUCGAUAAAAUGCGUCUUUUGUGUGGAAUUCUAGUAGUGUUCACAAUUUUAAUCUUAUCGAAUCAAGCGCUCGCUGCAGACAAGAAAGACACAAAGAAGUUGCAGAUUGGCGUGAAGAAGCGAGUUGCAGACUGCCAGACGAGAUCCAAGAGUGGAGAUACGCUGCACAUGCAUUACACGGGUACACUGGAUGAUGGAACAGAGUUUGACAGCAGUAUUCCUCGAGGAGAGCCAUUUGUCUUUACCUUAGGUGUAGGGCAAGUGAUUAAAGGUUGGGAUCAAGGACUUUUAAACAUGUGUGAAGGAGAAAAGAGGAAGCUUGUUAUACCUUCAGAUCUUGGUUAUGGUCAGAGAGGAGCCCCUCCUAAAAUUCCUGGUGGAGCUACUCUGAUAUUCGAGGUCGAAUUGCUUAAAAUAGAACGCAAAUCUGAAUUGUAAUCAGCGACCCAGUGACCGCAUAUCACUUAGAGUGAAGUUGUCUUUUGUAACUGAGCUAUUGGAAAUAAAAAUGUAGGUUCUAUAA